AUGGAAAAGACCCUUCUCCCUGGACCCAACGACCUAGUGAUGGCCAGCCCUCCAGCCUCAUUCCAACAGGAGCCCCUCACCCCUCCCAGAACCAACCACUCUUCGUCCCUCAAGCCCAACCAGGUGGGCCAGGUCAUCCUGUAUGGAGUGCCCAUUGUUUCCCUGGUGAUUGACAACCAGGAGCGCCUGUGCCUAGCUCAGAUCUCCAACACCUUGCUGAAGAACUACAGCUACAAUGAGAUCCAUAACCGCCGUGUGGCACUGGGCAUCACCUGUGUACAGUGCACACCUGUGCAACUGGAGAUUCUGCGGCGAGCUGGCGCAAUGCCCAUCUCCUCACGCCGCUGUGGUAUGAUCACCAAACGUGAGGCUGAGCGCCUCUGCAAGUCCUUCUUGGGUGAGAACUCGCCGCCUAAAUUGCCUGAUAAUUUUGCUUUUGAUGUGACACACGAGUGUGCUUGGGGCUGCCGUGGAAACUUCAUCCCCGCUCGUUACAACAGCUCACGGGCCAAGUGCAUCAAGUGCUCCUACUGCAACAUGUACUUCUCACCCAACAAAUUUAUCUUCCAUUCACACCGCACACCUGAGGCCAAGUACACACAGCCCGAUGCUGCUAACUUUAAUUCAUGGCGUCGGCACCUCAAACUGAGUGACAAGUCACCGGCAGAGGAAAUGAUUUUUGCCUGGGAGGAUGUUAAGGCCAUGUUCAAUGGGGGCAGUCGCAAGAGGGCACUGCCAUCGUCACACUGCCCCCCCAUGGGUCCGGUCAAAGCCGUCAAUUCUGUGUUACCGCACAUGAUCUCGUCUGAGCUGGGCCAGAAGCGAAGUAGGUUUGAGGAGGAUGAGGACCUAGAUGCCAGCAGUCUGUCUCCUCGUAAGAACCCACGCAGUUACCCUGUCAUCCCUGUGCCCAGCAAAGGCUUUGGCAUGCUGCAGAAGUUCCCUGCUACCUCACUCUUCCCCAGCCCCUACACCUUCCCAGCUUUCAGCUUAUGUCAGCAGAAGAAGGAUGACAACGAGACAGCCAAUGGACAGAAAAACAGUACCCUCUCAGGUCUGCUGUGGCCUGGUCGGAAGGAUACUUUCUAUCCUCCGUUCUGUAUGUUCUGGCCCCCAAGGGCCACCGGAGGCAUCCCAAUGCCUACCUACCUCCAACCACAGCCUAAUGCCCUCUCUUCACUCACAGAAAACCCUUCCCUGAGGCAAGCAUUCCUGGACCUGUCUGAACCAGCUGAGGCAGGCACUGGCAUGGGGGCUAACCCCAGAACGGGAAUGUUUGAGAACGAGUGCCCGCCUGUGGCUCCUGACUUGCGGCCUGCCUCUGAAGGCUGGCUCAAACUACUGGACACACCAUCCUUGCAGGCCCGCAAAUCCAGCUACCACUCAGCUUUUCGCCCGGUGGUUAAAGACACAGAAAGCAUUGCCAAACUUCAUGGCAACCUUGAUGAUUUUGGCCCCGAGAGGCACUUAUCACCUGGUACCAGCUGUAGCUACCAGAGUGAGAGUGGAGAGAGUGAUGAGGAGCAAGAGGUGGAUGUGGAGACCAAGCAGGAUGAGGAGCAAGAUGAUUUCAGCAGCAGAGCCCAGCAACAGCAACAGCAGCAGCAGCAGCAGCAGCAGCCGUGUAACCUACACUUGCGUGGGCUCAGUGAUAGUGUGGCAGACAGGGGUACCAUCCCCCCUGAAAACGCAGAGGACAAGCCUGGCUUACCUGUCAGCCCGCCAGCCUCCCUCAAAGUCCCCAGUCCUGUUCAUGCCUCACUGGAGGACACAGCGUACAAAAAUGUUCACAAAAGCAGAGAGGAUGGGCUCCCUGCGUAUGCGACCAAAGAGAACACAAAUGUUUCCGAUGAAAACAAAGAGCAGAGCAAUUUCUUUGUCUCAGAAACAGAGGCAUCUGGGCCAGAGUACUGGAGAGAGAAUGCAGUGGAUCAAAACCAAGACACGCACUCCCCUGCAUCUCUGAAGAAAGAUGUGGAGAACAUGGAGAAAGAGGAACUUCAGAAAGUCCUUUUGGAACAGAUUGAUUUACGGAGAAGACUGGAACAAGAAUUCCAUGCACUUAAGGGCAGCUCACCAUUUCCAGUUUUUCACAAUUUUCAGGACCAGAUGAAAAGGGAGCUGGCAUACAGGGAGGAGAUGGUGCAGCAAUUACAGAUGAUUCCCUAUGCAAACAUCAUCAGAAAAGAAAAGAUUGGCACACAUCUAAACAAAAGCUAA